AUGAGGCCCCUCCCCACCCGCUCCGGCGGCAAGGAAACAAGUGAUGCCGCCCAGUCCCUCACCAUGGCUCUCGACCAAACCAUCGUCUUGAUCGCCCAGAUAUCCACACGCGCACCAGUCUCGCUCUCCCGCAUCAACAAGCUCACCUUCCGCAACGCCGCGGCCUACGAACGACCACCCGCGGAGGCCCCAGCGUCCCCGCAACUACCCAUCAACAAGCACCUUUUCCAUGUUAUGCCACAAGACGUCUAUGCGCAGCUGGACCAGCUAAUCACCCAGGUCCGCCACAGACGUAACGGCGUCCUCGACGCAAGUGCGGCAGCCACCAUGAGGCUCACGGAGUUUUAUCUGGCCGCCGAGACGGUCCCGCAGGAUACCGGGGACUUUGUGUGGGCGAAGGAUCUGCAGACUGAGAUUGCGGUACUGGAGGGAAAGGUGAAGGAGGAGAAUGAGGUGCUAAAGGCGAUGGAGGAGAUGAGGACGGAGUUGCUGAAGAGGUGGAAGGCAGUGACGGAGAAGGGGUGCGUGCCGGAGCCGGACGUGUGGGUACAAGAUCUGAAUGAGGGGGCGCUGAAGGAACCAUAUGGGAUGGAGUAG